AUGGAUAAGCUUUCCGGUCUCGCUUCCAAGCUCGGUGGUGGAAGCAGCAACAAGGAGUCCCACUCCGGCUCCAGUGGCUCUGCUGGCAAGGAGGACUACCUGGACAAGGCCCUCGACUCUGUCGAGCGCAAGUUUGGCGGCGGCAAGGUUGACCCCGUGAAGAUGCGCGGCACCAACGAGAAGAUCACCGAUGGUGCCCGUGGACAAUUCGAGAAGGCUACGGGCAAGAACGUCCCCGAUAAGUUCUCUAACUAG